GGUACAGAGCCCAUUGAUCAGGCUGUCCCGAGCACAAAGGUCGUUGUCCUGGCUUGCAGAGUCAGCAGUCGUCGGUCAGUCCUCCUCGCAUCCCCGGUUGUUUCAAGGAACUUGAGCUCGCGUCGAUAUGAUCGUUCUGAACGAGGGCAGCAUGGACGCUAAGACCGCAGGUCCCCUGCGGGAUCCUGACCUGCUGAUCCCGCCUCCACCAUAUCAGCAAGUCGACGUUCGCCGGGGCGGGCCCUCCACACAGGCCCGCGAUGCAUCUCUAUUGACUGCAAGCGGCGGCCCAUCCACAUCCAUAUCGUCCUCAACACUCGCACCAUCCCCGGCACCCCGCUCGCUCGCCCCGUCCCCCAGCCCAUCAACAAACCCAUACCUCUCCGUCCCCUCCCACCGGCGCGACUUCAGCGUCGGCAGCAGCCGCUCGCUCUCCCCAUACGCCGCCUCCUCCUACAGCGACUUCCUCGCGCGGUCCUCCUCGUCCCCCGCACUCGCCUCCUCCACCGGCUCGCCCACCUCGCCCAUCUCCGCCGCCGAGUUCGCCGCGCGACAGGACCCCAGUACGCGGCCCUCGCGCGGGUUCAAGCUGCCCACGAGCAGCGACGGGCUCGCCGCGCUGCUCAGCCCGCCCCCGCCGUCGUUCGAGCGGCCGCGCGCGGCGGACGUGCCCUACACGCCGUUCAAGCCGACAUCCCUCCUCGGGAUUAGCACGGACCUCACGCGGAGCUUCCCUAGGAUGGCCCCGCCGUGCGCGAGCGGCGCGGAGCACCCGUUCGCGACGCACGACGUGACGGAGGAGGACUGGUCGCGCUUCCUCAGGGACGUCGAGGCGGCGGGCCAGCUGUCGAAGUGGGAGCGCAUCAUGACGAGGGUGAGCUUGCCGUCGCUGAUAGGCCUGUCGGUCGGGCUCGUGGUGAAGGGGAUCGAGGUGUACAUGCAUAACCGGAGGAGGGGCCCGGUGGGCGAGCUGAUCGGGUACUGGAACCAUCACUUCUUCCAUCCCCGGCAUAUGCAUAUCGUCCUCGCCCGAGGGUCUAAGGCUUACUCCGGCUCAGAUCCGCACCCUCCUGACUUGCCGGCCAUGCCAGAAGACGAACCUGAGAGUGAACGCAGCAGAAAGCUCAAGGAGUUCGAAGCCGAAUGUCCAAAGUACUGGAGACUGGUGGUAGCGUAUAGGUCGCGAUAACCCGAUUCGCCCAGUUGUUCUAUACCCUCUGUUUGCUAUGCUCAUCCUUACUGAUUCGCACCGUUGUUCGUAGUAUUAUCAUGUUUGCUAUCAUGUUAUUAGACUCUGUAUCUGUAUCUAUAUCGACGUAGUCUUGUACAAUAGAUACAUUAU